AUGUGCAAAUACAUUACACACCUCCGCGUCUGCAACGUAUGCAGUCACCAAGAUACGGUCCUGAUAUCGGAAAGACCCUGCUUCCUUGCCAAGAAGAACGGAGUCUUUGGAAGCUGUGACGCCGGCAUAGGUAGUGACCGCAGCUGUACCCGAAAUCACUGUUGGAAGUGUAAAGAGAGGGUCCGUCGCAUCCCUCGACCAUCAUCAGUGUCACGCCACAUCAGUUUUCACUAG